AUGACCUCCGAGAUGGCUGGGCUCAUCGAACGCCACGGCGGUGUCGCAUACCCCGCUCCGGUGCUGCAGGAGGUGUACCUCAGGGACAGCCCAGUGGUGCAGCAGCUUGUCCUUGAUACCUGUGCUGGCAGCAUCGACGCCAUCACCCUGCUUACCGGCGUGGGUACUCAGGCGCUGGUCUCCACGGCUGCAUCCAUGGGCCGUGAAGAGGAGUUCAUCCAGGCAUUGGACCAACUGACCGUCAUCGCCCGCAGCCCCAAGCCGGCCCGGGUCUUGCGCCGUCACAAAAUACACAUAGAUGUAAUGCCCCCGGAACCCUACACCACUGCCGACCUGGUCAAGUCGCUGGAGGACUGGGAUUUGUCGGACAAAGUAGUGGCCCUCCAGCACUACGGUGGUCCCAACCGCCCGUUGGUCGCUCAUCUUCAGGAGAAGGGAGCGCAGGUGCGGGAGGUCACCCUCUACACUUGGGGUCUGCCGGAAGACGAGGGGCCGGUGCUGACCAUGAUUGACGACAUUACCCAACGCAACAUUGAUGCCAUCGCUUUCACCAGCCAGCCUCAGGUGGGCAACCUGUUGACCAUCGCCGCCAAGGCCGACAAGGAGACGGUGUUGCGGGCAUCCCUUGGGGCCGAUUCUACGGGCGAAAACAAUAAUGGCAUUCCUGGCGUGGUCGUGGCAUCGGUGGGGCCGGUGUGUAGCCGCCGACUGCGGGAAGCAGGGAUUGCCGUGGAUGUAGAGCCUGACCAUCCGCAUAUGGGCAACAUGGUUCUGGCCCUGGCCGAUUACUGGCAGUAA